CUCCUGUUGACGGAGAAAACGCAGUACAUAAAGGAUCUGCAGACCGCAAUUUAUGGACAAAAGAGUUGCUCCAAUUUUCUCUCGGUCAUCGUCUCCGCUUUCCAGAGUGAGAAAGAAAUAGAUUUAUUUCAGAUAGCCAUCAUUAUUAAUGCGUGUGUAUGAAUGAGAACACCGCCAUCGCUGCUAUCUCUCACAGUUGAGUCAGCGCUUCACAACCUCUCCAACAUCUCCGAUCUCUCUCCUCUCCCGGAUCACAUCCUCCUCGACCUCUUCCUGAGAACUUUGCAAGCUGGUAAACUGACUGAAAAAGUUUUGAAGCUCUUCCUGGCAACUGGCAAUGACAAAGUCCUUUCACUGAUCGAGGCUCUUAAUAUCCAGCACAUCCUCACCCCUGUACUUCCUACCACAAAUAUUGAGGACAAUGAGGUUGACAUUGUGAUUGCGGCCCUCCACUCUGACCUGACAUCAUUUAUGAUUGAGUGGAAGCCUGUGUUUUCCCGAUUCCAUCUGAUAAUUGUAAAAGACCCAGAUCUCUCUGAGGAACUCCAAAUACCGGAAGGCUUCAACCUUGAUGUUUAUACAAAGUCUGACAUAGAUGGAGUUGUGGGUUCUUCCAGUUCCAUUGUCUUCUCUGGAUACUCCUGCAGAUAUUUUGGUUAUCUUAUAUCCCAGAAGAAAUAUAUUAUUUCAGUUGAUGAUGAUUGCAUUCCAGCUAGGGACAGUUCAGGCUCUUUAGUAGAUAUUAUUGCCCAGCAUGCUGACAACCUGACUACUCCAGCCACUCCUUUCUUUUUCAAUACACUCUAUGAUCCGUACCGUAAGGGAGCAGAUUUUGUUCGUGGUUAUCCAUUUAGCCUGCGAAGUGGGGUUACAUGUGCUUUGUCUUGUGGACUGUGGCUCAAUCUGGCAGACUAUGAUGCACCAACACAAGCCCUCAAACCAGAACAGAGGAAUACUCGAUAUGUGGAUGCUGUUCUGACUGUGCCAGCUAGGGCUAUGAUGCCUGUAAGUGGAAUCAACAUCGCUUUUAAUCGUGAGCUGGUGGGGCCUGCUUUGAUCCCAGCUUUGAAAUUGGCAGGGGAAGGAAAGUUGAGGUGGGAAACAGUGGAAGAUAUAUGGUCAGGAAUGUGUGUUAAGGUUAUCUGUGAUCACCUUGGGUUAGGUGUCAAGAGUGGAUUACCUUAUGUGUGGAGGAAUGAAAGGGGAAAUGCCAUAGAUAGCUUGAAGAAGGAGUGGGAAGGUAUGAAGCUGAUGGAAGAAGUGGUCCCUUUCUUUCAGUCAGUCAGGUUGCCGCAAUCUGCCAUCAAAGCUGAAGAUUGUGUAGUUGAGAUGGCAAAAACUGUGAAGGAGCAGCUGGGACAGUCGGAUCCAAUGUUUGCCCGUGCUGCCGAAGCCAUGGUGGAGUGGGUCAAGCUCUGGAAGGCUGUUCGUUCGAGAGAGCUGUCCACUUGAUUUUAGGAGGUAUCAUUGGUUAAUUUGUUUUUUUUUUUUUUUUGCAGCUCUGGUUCCCUAAUAUUUUAAGGUUUUCGAAUACAUUCCUUCGCAGCUCACGGUUUACAUACAAUAUGUGGGGAAGGAAUAAUUAGUUUAUGUUUGGUCGGGCAGGAAUUCUAUUUAUUUAUGUUUACAACAUGACUUUUGUUUGUUACUACCAA